CAGUAUUUAUUUACUAUCGACAAAAUAUAUAAUUUAAUAUUAAUAAUAUAUUGUAUAUAUACAAAUGUCUGUGUGUGAUACCAUUGACCGGAGAUGACGAUGUCUGUUGCGAUUCACCGCCGGUGUUGCUACCAAUGCUACCCUACACCAUCCAUGCGUUACAGGUGAAUUUCGAAAUCAGAGCUGAGAUCGACGACGACGAGUUUUACACGAGAAAGUAGAGAAUAUGGUGUUGCGCCCUAGUGACGAAUUCUGUGGUUAUACGAUGGACAAUUAUCCGCAAAACGGCGGCGGUGGCCAUCAUUUUUACGAGAGCAUCAAAACCGAACUGGAAAGUUUUCGAUUACGUGGCGCAGACGGAGAUUUUUCGGCGUCGAUUGCAGCCGCGUCGGAAGCACUGCUCAGCGACGAUACAAGCUCGAUAGCGUCCAAGAAACGAAUAGACAGCAUGUUCAAGACGACCACUUCCGUGACAGGCGACAUUAACGGGGCGUCCCGCUUCCGCGCCGGCCGCCAGACCAAGUCGUUGGCCGACGAUAACAAUCACUACGACCACUUCAAUUACGGUUAUACUGCCGAUACCAGCGAUAGAAACAACAACAACAACAGCAGCAAGAAUACGGUACAGGAGAAGAUUGAAAAAAUGUUCGCGGAAAUCAGUUCCUCGGAACUCGACACUGACGUGUCAAUGGACUCGACAGCGCCGACGACGGAUACCGGAAGCAACAAAUUCCACGUGCAGUACAUAGGGUGCGCCGGGCUGUCGGGAAAGAUAUCCUCGUUAGAGGGCCUUCAACAGCCCGUCCGAAACAUGUACUUCAAUUACCGGGAAAAUCAACACCAUUACCGCGGCGACGAUAUUUUGCGCCGUCGCGGCUAUUAUCACGACGACGAAGACGACCGUACCGGCACACGACGCGACUUCUCCGGAUUGUUGGAGAUAUCGGCUGCCGGUCUUACUAUCCGAUACAGGAACGAACUAGGUGACAUGGAACAGCGGACCAACGCGUUUCCGUCGAUCGCCGUGUGGGCGGCGCUGAAGUACGUGUGCCGCCGCCAGUCACCGACGCCGCAACGCAGAAUCGCCGGAGAACCUGCGGCCGGAGCCGGUUACGAGUACGCUUUCCUGCCGCUAAUCGCAGAUCCCGACGGCUCGGACAAGGCACCGCUUUUCCGGGACAUGGACCCCGGCGACAGGGCCCGGUUGGACGCGGCCGGCGAUCACGCACCCGUAUUCGCGGUGGUCACACGAGCGGCCGGCAAGCGGCUCGAGUGUCACGGGUUCGCGUGUGAGACAGAAAACGAUGCGCUCCUCAUGGCGGCCAACCUGUACGGGGCUCUCGUCGCGGCCAUGUCUUCGGCUGCGGCCGCGGUGGACGCAGACGCGCCCACAGCCGGCAAUGAGGCCGGGCGACUGGCCGCAACCGGGGCUAAACGUGUCAUCAGACAGCGAAACGGGUUCACGAGCAUGAGCAGCACGGCCGGUUCGAGCGUGGCCGGCGGCGGAGACGUUGCAGCGGAAGAGGCGCCCGCCCUACCACCGCCCCGUCCUCCGCGCAGAAAUAAAAAGUCCACGUCGUCUGUCACAAGCGAGACGUCGGUCCGUGACGACAACUGCGGUGGUGUUUCGUCAACGAUGACGUCGGUGCCGGCAAACAACGACGACGGCAGCGGCGGUGAGGUGUGCAGCGGCGCCAAGACUUUCCAGAUGACCGUCAGACAGGCUCCGUCGCUCCAGCGGGGUGUGUGCAACAGUAGCAGCAUUGCGGUUUCGACAGCGGACGUGCAUCCUCGGAACACGACCAGACAACAACGUACGGACGGUCGCGGCGACAUACUCACCAAAGUGGCCAUACCCAGGAGUAGGAGUUUCCUGAACUCUAACGGGUUGGCGUCCACCAAGUAUUCGAGGCGGGCUGCAGGUUGUGGUAUCGAGACGGCCGCGAACGACCGGCGCCGCCGCCGGAGCAACGGCAGUGGCGUUAUGGGCUUCUCGGAAAUGUUUAACGAGUUGCGCGCGCAAGAGGGACUGAACAAUAUGGACGACAUACUGAACGCCAUUAUCAACGUGGAGGGCAUGUCGUACAAUGAUCUUAAGCCCAUUUAUAAGGAAUUUUUGAUGAAAUUGGCUCUAACGCUCACUAAAGACGAGCUGUACCAGCGGACAAAGGCGAUAAUGACGGAACAGAAACGCAAACGGAACAAGCGACGUCCGACGGUCGCCACGCAGCCGGUUGGCCGCGGACGACGUCUCAACGACAAACUGCGUGACGCGUUGAACUUGCGGGCGGCCAAGUCGCGAAUUAGCGCCGUAUUGAUGCCGGACUUUUGCAAGCGCAAAUCCCGGAACAGAACAUCCCGGAAACAAAAACAACAACUACUGCUGCAGAAACAUCAACAACAACAACAACAACAGCAACUACAGAGGAGACGCCGAUGUUCGUGUUUGGCGAUAGCAGGAUCGUCCGCAGAAUUUCGGCCGGCGGUGGACCGGAAACCGGAACGCAAAUUCCAACGGCGUGCCGUUGUGGGAAAACGGUCGGCGGUUACGUCGGCGAGCAAAGGCCGCGUGGCAUCGGGUACAUCGUCGUCACCCGUCUGCAGCACUUCCGACGAGAGCGACUUUUUCGCGGCCGCGGCGUUGCGGCAACGGCAACGUCAACAUCAACAACUUCAACAGCAACUGCUGAAGCAACCGCCGCAGCUCUACCGCCGCAGCUCACAGAAGACGUCAGCGCGUGCGGCGGCGGCGGCGGUCGAGGAACGUACGGCGUCCGAGGCGUUGUCGCCUGCAUCGGCGUCCGGGUUCUUCAGCUGUUCCGGAGUGUAGGCGGGCGACGCGGCAGAUCGCGACGGUGCAGACUGCGGCGACGGCGCGGCGGAACCGACGGCGUCGCUGGUGUCGUGCAGCUGCGACUCGGACAGCUGCGACAGCGAUAAGUGUUACUGCGGCAAGCCGCGACGCCCGCGCAAAUUCGACGAGCUCAAGCCGCGGGUUCGCGGCGUCCGAGUCGUGUCGCGCGCCGACUCGCCGGGCACCGCGUGGAAGAAGAACGAGCUGCUCAUGCUGUUGCAGCGACGACACGACGACAGCAUGGCCGGUGACGAAUCGUCGGCCGCAGCCGCUGCCGGCGACAAAUGCGGCAUCGAACCGUCCAAGAGCAUCGAGUACCUGCAGAUGACCCGCCGGGCCUGUCCGGGCACCACCGCCGUCGAAUUGCCCGCGACCGCCGGUUCGUCAUCGUCGCCGUCGUCGUCGCUGUCCGCGGCCACCGUGUACUCGUCGUCGUCCGCGGUGCACCAACGCCGGCCGCAACCGUCGCGCGGCGCCAAACACCAUCACCGCCGAUCCGGUUCCAGCGGUUCGGACAACUUUCGCAUCGAUUACGCGCUGUUCGCGGCCAACGCCGCGGCGGGACCGCGGAAUCGCGGCUGCGGCGGCAGGCAAAACCACGCCGCCCCGGACUGCGCGCCCGCGCCGGACGGCCGUCGACGCGCCGCCGCGUCGUCUGCAGCCGCGGCCAGGUCGUACAGCUCCGAAGCGGUGCACAUGGCCGGUUGCCGUGUCCAGUACGGCGGCCACGCGCGACAGCUCCUGCCGCACAGCAAGCCAGCCGCCAGGCGACACUCCGUGCACGAUGGCGUCGGCGAUGACGUCCUGUCGUCGUUCUUCAAGUCGGGCAUUGAAAACUCGUUGGGCUACUAUCCGUGACGAUACGCUCCCCCUCCACCCGUGAUGGGCGGUUGUCGGCUCAAGUGAAUACUGUAAACUUGACCCGAUGUUUUUCAGAUAAAUGCUAUUAAUAUAUUACGUGAACUCGGCUCGAAUAGAAAAACAAAAGCGCAGAUCUUCUCACGUGUUGUUUUUGGUGUAGUCGUACCCUUAUAAGUCAUAGUAUGAUAUUCUAUUUUUGAAAUCCGUUUGUCCGUUUAGCAAUACACAGAGCCCUGCAGAGGACACUGCGAAGAGGCGAUUCACAUUAUUCCUCAAAAGUUAUUUCAUUUAACAUAUAUAUUUUAUUUUUAAAUCGACGAAAAUUAUGACUUAUAACUUUAUGAGUAUUGUAACAAUAAUUAUUAUAUAAAAAUCACUGAAAUAUCGUUUCAGAAUUCCAAUAAAAAAUGAAUUGACUUGUCUAAAUGUUAAAUGAUAUUUUUGUUGAUAAUUAAUAUUGUCCACAGUAAGAUAAUGGAUACGUUACUUUUAUUAUUCCUAGAUUAAAUAAUAUAUCGAGUUUAUUACAUUUUAUUGGUAAACAUUAUAGGGCUGAGUUUAAAUUUUAUAUUCGAUUAUUUAUUGUCUGUUAUUGUCAAAUCGAGCUUACUAAUAUGAAGGUAAUCGCGGACCGAGUAGAUUAAAGUGGCGUACGCUCGUUUAUCUGAAGGGGGAGAGGGAAUUGUCGAAAUUUUCAAGACGUUAUUACCAUUCGCCACCUACUUGUAUUAAUUAUACAGCUAUUGAAAAAAAUGAUAUAUAUAACUUUGUUCCACGUUCAAAAUAAAAAGUGUAAUUUACAAGAUAAAAUAAUAUCACAAGUAGCUCAGUUCACUAAGACUUGUACUGUGCAGUAUGCAUAAAUCAUAAUAUACGAAUCUAAAAGUGAUUGUAUACCUAUAGAUUGUAGCGUUAUUUCCUGUAACAUGCAUUUUUAUUUUACUAGGAUUUACUGUGAAUAAAAAAAUGUUCGUGACCUUUCCAUAUCAAUAUACCGCCAUAAUAUAGUAUUAACCGUUAUUAACCAUUAUAUUUUACAGAAAAGACGAGUGUGUGGGUCAUGAAUUCAAAUUAUAAUUUAGGAAACAGAUAAUUUAGAAAUGUAAUAUUAAAACCUGUAUAAAAAGUAAGAAAUUGGUAAAUCCAAACCAAUUUUAUGCGUAUGAUCGGGAAAUGGUUUGUCGAUAUGUGUGUUAUAUAGAAUAUAUAUAAAGUGAAAUAAUCAAUCGGUCAAUUCAUCAACUUCAUAGUCAUCCACCAUCCAUUUUAAUAACGGUGUUGACAUACACCCCUUUACUGGCUUUACCUCUUCGUGUACGCCACUAUAGAGUAACGACAACGUUUCAAAGCUUCGUCAUAGUCUUUAUUAUUAUUUAUUGUUUAAUGUUUAUUAUUAGGUAUAAUAUUAUUUAACAGUUAGAACAUAGUUGAACAAGCGCUCGCACACGUCUAACAAGUAGCAGUUUGUUCUGUAAACGGAGUUGGGCAAAUUUUUAUCUAAAUAAACAUGUAUUCAAAUAAGAAAUUAUUCGAAAAAUUAUAUAAACAAAAUAUUGUU